GAAAACACGUGAAAUUGUGAAACGGUCAACACUCUGCAACUCGCGAACCCUAGCAGCACCGUGUCUCUCCUCUUCUCCAUCUUCCUUCUUCAACUCAUCGCGGUUAUUUUUUCUAGUUCUUCAUCUUUGUUGUGAUUUUUUUAUUGUUCUUGAUUAUGCUUCUUUUGAUGGGAUUAUUGUGAGGUUGGUGAGUUACUGAGGAAACGAUAAUGUAUAUGAUUUGAAUAGCAUAAUAAUUUUAAAAAAACCACAUAAUUCAGUGUAAUUAUAUGUCUUAGUGUCGUGUCAGUGUUGGAUACAACACGUGUCCGGCACCAGACACAUGUAAUCCAAGAAGUGUCUUUGCUUCAUAGCACAACAAUAAAAUUAGAUGUGUGAAGCAACAAGAGAGUAGUAACCAAUAAUCAAAUAACCUCAAACAACAACCAUAGAACUAGAUAUAAUCUAGUAACCAAAUGUAAAAUAAAGAGAGAAGAGAAACACACACCAAGAUUUGGUCGGUUAGUUCGUUCUAGCAAUGAUACACGGCUGGAGGAGAAAGAUCUCUCCACUUUAUUGUCAAUGAGUUUCUUUACAAAUGAUUCAAAAGGGGUUACAAUAAAUUAGUUUCCAUAAACUUUCCAUGAACAAAUUGAAUUUCUACUCAUUUACCAAUUUUUUCCCAUCGGUGUCCAAAGACACUCAACCCUUAGCAUCUAUGUUCCCUAGAAGUUCACUCAUUUGGUUUGCAUUGUAGCCAAUUUUCAAAAUUUCAUUAAAUCAUCAAUUCUGAGUCACAAUUUCAAUACAUAAUGUAGAACAAGAGAAACACAAGAGAGAUUAGGGUGCGUGAUACUCAAACACUAACACGUCGACACCGAUAAAAUUUUGAGAGAAUAUCAUAAUUCAAUGUAAUCACAUUUCUCGGUGUCGUGACACGGACAUCGUGACACAUCUUUGAUCAGAAGAGUCGGUGCUUCAUAGAUAAGGGCUAGUUUGAAAUGUCACGUGAAGUGUGUUUUGGAUAACAUGUUUGUGUUUUGGAAAUACUCAGAUGAAAGAUGUGUAAUGUGCAAUUAUGAUAUCAUUUUCAUUUGAAUAGGAAUUAUAACAUUUAUAUCAUGAAACACAGAAACGGACACUAGACAUGAUAUAGACACGGACACGUCGACACCAAGAAUGGUUUGGGAAAAUGAAAUCAUUCAAUAUAAUCACAUGUGUCAGUGUUGGACACAAAUACGUGUCGGUGCUACAUAGCAUUUAUGUGUAGAGAGUGGUGUUAUGGUUUGUCAAGGUUGAUAAGACAAGAAUCAAGUUUGGAUUUGGCAAAUUUGAAACCAAAUCUAAGUCCUGUAUCUAAAAUGAUUUUGGGGAAUUCUGCGUAAAACUGAAUCGAGGAUAGAAUCAGUAAAAUCACCCUGUUAAUCUGCCAUGUUUCAGUAUUGAGCUUGAUUUUUGAGUUUGUAUAUUGUUUUCACUCAGAUAACACCGAAAUGAUCCUUAAAAUCUCAUGCCACAUAUUGAUUGUGACAAAAAAUGGGGUGAAAUUUAAUGAACAAUUUUCCUAUGUCAAGAUAGAGAAAUAUCUCAUUGUUUGAAUGUAAUAAUCCAUUCAUUAUUACACCUAAAACUUGACAUUUUUGCAUAUUGAUGCAAUUAUAUUUAGUUGAGAGUCGCAUUGCCUUGUUAUAGUAAAUUGAUUACAGUGUUUGCUCUUCUUAUUACAUGUUGAAGCUUUUAACUAUCUGUAGGCAAAAGCAAAUGAUGGAGAGGGUCCAGAUAUAUUCUGCAGUGCACCAGAAGGCGGUUCAAGUGGCCAUGUGGAGCCUUUAGCAGCAACACUUGCAGAGCAUCAGCAACAAUCGGCUAGCGCUCAGGUGCUCAUUAACCAACUCAAAGACAUUGCAUUAACAAGUCAGAAGUCCAUAUCAGAGUGUGCAGAAAAGGGGAGCUACUUGGCCUCCAGACAGACAAUCUUUCUGAUAAAGAAAUCUUUGGAGGCUCCUUCAAAUAACGAUUCGUCAAGUUCUGAAGGUGAUUAAAGAGCUAUUGAAAUCAUAUGAUUUUCAUGGUGUAUUCAAUGUUACGCAAAAAUAUCUCAUGGAUUCCUUAUAUAUAAAUAUAAAUUAUUAUAAAAGAAAAGAACGGGCAGAGUGGCAGCAGGGACUGGUGACGGAGACUUGAAGAAAAAGUGUGUGAUGAUGGAUGAUGACGCAGUUGACUGGCUAAAUCUUCCUCGAGAAUUAUGGUUAGUUAUUAUAUCCAAGAAUUUGAAUCCAUUUGAUGUUCUUCGAUUCCGUAGUGUCUGUGCUUUAUUGCGCUCUAUUCUUCCCCCUCCUUUUCCUUCUCCUUCUCAUACACUUCGCAUUCCAGAUGGUAAGUUUUUGCUUUUCACCGAAACCAAAAUAUUUCGCCUACAACCAUUAUUUCCAACUAGUUCUUCUAAUAAAGGGUGGAUCAUAAAGGUUGAAAAAUCGAAAUCUGGCAAACUUCGUCACUUAGAUGUUGUAACUAACACUCAUAUGUCACACACUUUCCCGUCUAAUGUGUUAGAUUUCAUGAACUUACGAGUUAUGGAAUUGUUUCAAGCAUAUACUAUCAAUUUUUCUAGAGAUGGAGGUGAUUUAAUUGCAUUUGAGCCCCUUUCUGAUGUUUAUAAAGUAGUGUUGUUUUCUGUUGAGGGUCCCGGUCAGAUGGUCUUUGCUCUUCAUCAAGAUGGAAAAUUGCGUGUGUCCAAUAUUGGAUAUAACAAUUUGAUUAUAGUGGAUGAUGGGAAUAGAAUCUAUAAUGACAUAAUCCUUUAUAUGGGAAAGGUUUAUGUUGUGGAUAAAAGUGGAAUUAUUUUCUGGAUCAAUUGUUCAUCCUUUAAGUUGGUUCAAUGUUCACCCUCCUUAAGUAAUGAUCGUAGCAAGAAGUGUUUGGUGGACUCACAUGGAAGUCUUUUUGUGGUUGAAAUGUAUUCUAGAAGAACUGGCGUGAAUACCUGCAAAUUACUCAUGGAUAUCAGUGUUUUAAACGUUGAUGGAGAAUCAAGUAGAUGGCUUCGUGUAACAGACUUGGGUGAUAAUCUGUUUGUUUUGGGUAAAGACUUAAACUUUUCAUUGUCUGCUAAUGAUUAUUAUGGAUUUGAAAGAAACUGCAUCUACUUCUGUUGUAUAGGCAGGACUGCUCGUUACAACUUGAAUAGUUCAGGAUUUAAGUAUGUUGAUGAUAUUUUUUGGCCUUGUUCAACUUUGUUCAAUUCUGAAAGCGUAUCAGAUCCAUUAAACAUUGAAUGUGCUGCAGAUCAUGAGCCCUAGUGCGUAAGGUGGAUAUGACCAACUCUGCAUCCUCUGGCAUCCGUUCUUAGUCAAUUGUGAUCUAUCCUUGGACUGCAAGUAAUUUAUGCAUUUUACAGUUGUAUGGAAAACCCACUUUAUUUUCUUGUACUGUGUUGUAACAUAAAUUGUUCUUUUUCUGAAUAUGGCUUGGUAAUUUCCAGUACUUCUGUUGUGCACAUUGACUGAUUAGUGGAAUAUGAUGUUUUUGAUUUUAUGACUCUAUUAUUUGUUUGU